AUGAUGACAAUGAGGACAAAGCAAAGUUUUUUGUGGUGUGUAUGGAUUUUGCUUUGCAGGCCUUGUGUGGGAACGUUUGUGGUGGAGAAGAACAAUUUGAAAAUCAGUUCUCCACAAUCGUUGAAAGGUAUAUAUGAAUGUGCAAUUGGGAAUUUUGGGGUUCCCAAGUAUGGAGGAACCAUGAUUGGCGCAGUGGUAUACCCCAAGACUAAUCAGAAUGGAUGUAAACCCUUUGAUGCCUCUUUGAGUUCCAAGCCCGGAACCUUUCCCAGUUUUGUUCUAAUUGAUCGAGGAGAAUGCUUCUUCACUUUAAAGGCAUGGAAUGCACAAAAAGCUGGAGCAGCGGCUAUUCUUGUUGCAGAUGACAGGACAGAACCGUUGAUCACCAUGGACACACCUGAGGAAGGAAAUGGUGCUGGCAACGACGAUUAUGUUGAGAAGAUCAACAUUCCUUCUGCCCUUAUCAGCAAAUCACUAGGGGAUAAUAUCAAGCAUGCUCUCGCUAGUGGGGAAAUGGUGAAUGUAAAUCUUGAUUGGAGAGAGGCUCUUCCUCAUCCUGAUGAGAGAGUAGAGUAUGAGUUUUGGACAAGUAGCAAUGAUGAGUGUGGGCCAAAGUGUGAAAGUGAACUUAACUUUGUCAAGGGUUUUAAAGGGGCAGCUCAAUUACUAGAGCAGAAAGGGUUUGCAAAGUUUACCCCUCACUACAUAACUUGGUAUUGUCCAGAAGCAUUUAUAUUGAGUCAACAGUGCAAGUCCCAGUGCAUAAAUAAUGGGAGGUACUGUGCACCAGAUCCUGAGCUAGAUUACAAAAGAGGGUACAAUGGUAGAGAUGUUGUUAUCCAAAACUUACGUCAAGUAUGCUUCUUUAAAGUGGCAAAUGAAAGUGGAAAGCCUUGGCAAUGGUGGGACUACGUGACUGACUUUUCAAUCCGUUGUCCAAUGAAAGAAAAUAAGUAUACUCAAGACUGCUCAGACCAAGUUAUUAAAUCUCUUGGUGUUGAUUUGAAGAAAGUUAAAGAUUGUAUAGGAGAUCCUAAUGCAAAUGUAGAGAACCCUGUUCUCAAUGCUGAACAGGAUGCACAGGCAAGCUGUCAAAAGCAGCAGUACUCAAGGCAAUCUGUUCAGGUUUCCAAGAGACCACUGAGCCAUCAAUUUGUUUAA